CUGCUGAUUGUGGCGGCCACCCACCUCGACGCAGUGGCCUUCCAGAUCUUCAGCCAAUCCUUCAAGCUGGUGCCCACCGCGCUCUUCGCCUACUGGCUGCUGGGGCAGAUGCUGGAACCGAUGCAGGCAAGCGCGGCGGCCGCGGCGGCCGCCCCUGACUGGCCGGCAGCCUGCGCGCCGCCCAGCGGGCUGGACUACGUGACGGGCAUGGUGGCCUGCUCGGUGUCGGGCCUGUCCUCCGCCUAUGCGGGCGUCUACUUUGAGAAGUUUGUCAAGGGGCGGCACGCGGCCAGCCUGUGGGUCCGCAACAUACAGCUGGGCAUGUUUGGAGUGCCGCUCAGCACCGCCUACGCCCUGCUCAAGGAUGGCUGGCGCAUACGGCAGGGCGGCGUGAUGCAGGGCUUUGAUGCGGCCACCUGGAUGGUGGUGGCGCUGCAGGUGUUUGGCGGGCUGGUGACGGGCAUGGUGGUCAAGUACUGCGACAACAUCCUCAAAAACUUUGCCCUCGCCAUCUCCGUCAUCCUCACAGUGCUGGUCGCCAUCCCGCUGUUCGGCCAGGUGCGGCCU